AUCCCACACAUCUCUCUCCUCCCCCCAGCCUGAUAAUAUAUGAUUUUAUUUAUUGCCUUUCUCUAUCCCUCCCCUAAUCUUUUCCAAACUUACCAAUCUCUCCUCUUAAUAACUCUCUCUCCCUCUCCCUCUUUUCUCCGCCAAAGGAAAAGGGAAAGCAAUCCCCCUCCUCCUCCGGCUCUUUUCAUUUGAAUUCAUUCAUCUGCAGUCCUACCUAGCUAGCCAUCACAGCAGCAGCAGAUUAACAUAUAUAUAUAUAUAUAUAUAUAUAUCACACAGAUCAUCCUCAUCCAUCAUCACCAUUAUCCAUCACCAUUAUCAUCAUCAUCAUCAUCAUCAUCAUCAUAUAAUUUAAAGAUGAUAUCUGUUGCCCCUUCUCCGGAAUCCCCUGCAGAUACCACUCCUCACUGUGGUAACACUACAACACCACCUUCACCUUCCAGUUCCACUAAUGCUGCCGGUAGUUGUAGUAGUGGCGAUGGUAUCAUUUUCCGGUCGAAACUCCCCGCUAUCCCCAUCCCCAACCACCUCCCCCUCCACGCCUACUGCUUCCAGAGCCUCCCUGACUCCGCCGACCGCCCCUGCCUCAUCGUCGGCUCCUCCGGCAAGUCCUACACCUAUGCCGAGACCCACCUCAUCUGCCGUAAGACCGCCGCUGGCCUCUCCAACCUCGGCAUCUCCCGUGGGGAUGUCAUCAUGAUCCUGCUCCCCAACUGCCCCGAGUUCGUCUUCACCUUCAUCGGGGCCUCCAUGAUUGGCGCCGUCACCACCACCGCCAACCCCUUCUACACCCCCUCCGAGAUCCUCAAGCAGUUCAAGGCCUCCGCAGCCAAGCUCAUCGUUACCCAAUCCAGUUUCGUCGAUAAGCUCGGGCACUUUAGCAGAUUAUCAUUACACGAAGAAGAAGAAGAAGAAGGAGUAGGAGGCCAUCGUCAUCGUCAUCGUCAAGGGGGCAGUGCUGCCGCCAUACUCGGCAAGGACUUCACCGUGAUCACGGUUGAUGACCCCCCUGAGAGCUGCCUUCACUUCUCCGUCCUCUCCGAGGCCAAUGAUCAGUCACCGCCUGAUUGGGAACAGGAAGUAGUACAUUAUUAUUCCGCCAGCUGCAGCUGCAGCAGGAAGUUGGAGUUCGAGUUCGACCCUGAUGACCCGGUCGCCCUGCCCUUCUCGUCGGGCACCACGGGGCUACCCAAGGGGGUGGUGCUGACCCACCGGAGCCUGAUCACCAGCGUGGCCCAGCAGGUGGACGGGGAGAACCCGAACCUCCACCUGAGGGGGGACGACGUGGUGCUGUGCUUGCUGCCGCUGUUCCACAUCUACUCCCUCAACAGUGUGCUGCUGUGCUCACUGAGGGCUGGGGCGGCGGUGCUGCUGAUGCACAAGUUCGAGAUAGGGGCGUUGCUGGAGCUGAUACAGAGGCACAGGGUGUCGGUGGCGGCGGUGGUGCCGCCCCUCGUGCUGGCCCUGGCCAAGAACCCCGUGGUGGAGGGGUUCGACCUCAGCUCCCUCAGGCUCGUCCUCUCUGGGGCCGCCCCUCUCGCGAAGGACCUCGAGGAUGCUUUACGCACCCGCGUCCCUCAAGCAGUUCUUGGUCAGGGAUAUGGAAUGACAGAGGCAGGUCCAGUGCUCUCGAUGUGCCUAGGCUUUGCAAAGCAGCCAUUCCCGACCAAGUCGGGUUCAUGCGGCACUGUUGUCAGGAAUGCGGAGCUCAAGGUCAUUGAUCCGGUAACCGGCUCCUCUCUAGGAUACAACCAAUCCGGUGAAAUUUGUAUUCGAGGCCAACAGAUUAUGAAAGGAUAUCUGAACGACCCAGAGGCAACAGCCAGGACCAUCGAUGUGGAGGGAUGGCUACACACGGGGGAUAUUGGCUAUGUGGAUGAGGACGACGAAGUGUUCAUUGUAGACAGGGUGAAGGAGAUCAUCAAAUUCAAAGGAUUCCAGGUGCCGCCAGCUGAGCUCGAAGCCCUUCUUUUGAGCCAUGCAUCCAUUGCCGAUGCGGCUGUUGUCCCGCAAAAGGACGAAGCAGCUGGCGAAGUCCCUGUAGCAUUUGUUGUGUGCUCAAAGGGUAUGGAAGUGACGGAAGAGGCUAUUAAACAAUUCGUAGCUAAGCAGCGCGCGCAAUGGAUGCAUAUGCAUAUGCAGGUGGUGUUCUACAAGCGACUGUACAAAGUGUACUUUGUUCAUGCGAUUCCCAAGUCCCCCUCCGGCAAGAUAUUAAGGAAAGACCUCAGGGCAAAGCUUGCUGCAGCUGCUGCCUCCUCCACUCCCUUAUAAUUAGAUCAAUCAUUUGAUAUCUUUCGGCAGUCGCUUUAACGAGCCCUACACUGGCCGGCCCAAUCCUUUCUAGUCUUCUUCGCCUAUGGUCUAUAUCCAAUGAGCAGCAUUGCAAUUUUAAUGUUGUCAUAUAUCAUAUGUAAUUAGAUGUACGUUGCUGGGUAUUCAAGAACAGAGAUCAACAACUGAUGAUGAUCAAAGUUCCACCUGCACCACGGUUCAAUUGAGAGUGUUGUACCACGUACCUAUUCUUAAUUAAUUCUUGGCGAUGUAGUGUAAUGUAAUCCCAGCGCAAUUUGUUCUGCGCAAUCAAUUAUAUACUUUGCGUACGGGACCUAUUUAUUAACUGAAA